UAGACUGGAUUUUAAAAAAUGUGGAUGCCGGACCACUGUAUAUAGAAAACAUAGGGAUGGUUGAACAACAUGUUGAUAACAAGAGGAAAUUUCUGUCAGGAUCUUUCUUCAAAAUAUUGAUACUCGUAGGCGUGUUGUUGUUGCUGGCAAAACAUAUUGAGAUACCUAAAGCAGUGAGAGAAACAAAAUACAUUAAAAGAACAAAUAAUCGAAGUGAUGGAGAUACGAGACCAAAAGAAACUAAAUAUUACGGGAAGGACUACGGAAGUGAUUAUAUCAAAACUAAAUAUAUAAUGCACAAGUUGUUUAAUGAAAAUGGGCAAAGACUUACAGCGAAACAACGCGCAAACCUUGUCAAGGAAAGAUGUCAAACAUUUCUGAAGGAAAACAAUUUACGACUUAAUCCCAAUGCAAGAUGUAGAUACGAUCGAGAAUUUAUUAGAAGUCGCAGUUAUAACUUAACAAUUUGCUACAACUGUAAAGUGGCUUCGACGAACACAAAACGCGUGCUUUACGUUCUUGACCACAACUUUACUGGUGAUAUCAACAGUCUCACACUGCAUACGGUGGGUGAAUACGGAAGAAAAUGCAUGAAAUAUUUCCAGGAAAUUAUGUCUGAGAAACAUCGUAUCAGUGUAAUGUUGGUAAGAGAACCACUAGAAAGGUUACUAUCUGCAUAUAGAGAAAAACGUGCUUAUAGGAAGCACUUUAGAGACCCUUCGUUUUCAUUUAAAAAUUAUUUGCAACUUAUUUUAGACGAACAAAUGAAAAACAUAAACAGACAUAUGUAUCCGUAUUUCGAAAGGUGUCGGCCGUGUGAAAUGCAGUAUGACUUUAUUGGUCUUCAACACCAUUUUAACGACGAUAUCAAAGCUUUGUUGCAGCACAUCGGUGCCAGUGGAAAAGUUGAUAUACCAACAAGAAAUGAAACAGGUUACACUUCUGAAUCGAGUGAUAAGCUGUUAAAAAUGUACUUUAGCAAAGUUCCAAAUGACCUGAUACAUAAAUUGUGGGAGAAAUAUUACAAAGACUAUUAUAUAUUUGGCUUUCCUUAUCCAUCACAUCUGAUGAACUGAAAAAGCUACAAGUGGUCAAAGUUUUUUUUUCCAAGUUCCAUAUUUUGAAGAAAUAUUCGUAACAGAAUUUGAGAUGCUUUUGUUUAGAUUUCUAUGUAAUAGAUUUAAUUAAGGGGAAUAACUUCAUGUACGUUGGCAAUAUUACGGGAGAUAAACCAGUAUGUAUGAAAAUCAGAACUUAUCAGGUAUUUUGAUGAUGUUACAUUUUUAAAAUGAAUAUAAUUAUGUAUUAGCAUAAAAGCAUGUUUAGCUGAUAUUCUUAAAAGCACGAUUAGCUCUGACAAGUUCUUAGAAGCAUUUUAGGACUAGCAAAUUCUUAAAGUUACCUUAUCACUUGAAAGUAUAUUCAGAGAACAAAAUUGUGCACCUACCUUAUUUACCGGUUAAUAAUUUAAAAAUUGUAUUGUAACCAAUGUUGUCAAGAGAAAGCAUUCUGUCACCCAUUGAUCUUGUUAUAAAAGGACGUUAUUUUUCUGCCAACAACAAUUUAGUCAACAACAAUGUUUUAAAAUCAUACUUUAUGAUUAUUUUUGUAAUGUCAGACACAGAGGUCGAGGAUUCGGAUCCCGAUUAGUGCGGAAUAUGCUUCUUAAGUACUGGUAAAAAAUCCAUGAAACAGUCUUAAAGCGUUUAUCUGAAAACCGGUUCGACUUUUUAAAUUAUGGGUAUGGCAAUUUUCUAUCGAGAGGCUUAAUAUCAUUUCGACAUGAAUAGGCGGGGACUUUAAACAUCGAUUACCAUCGGAAUUGCUUUUUCACACAAGAUCUGCUCCAAGAGAGGUUUCAAUCCAUUGACUACCCGCCGUGUUUUGUCCAUUAUUUCUCAUACAUUUAUAUUUACCAAAUAACCCACAGCUUUCGAUUUACAUGCUUCUUUAAAAUAUCCAGAAUUUGCCGAUGAUAUUUAAAGAAUGACAAGGUAGUUCUCACGCCAUUUUUUUCAACAAAGGAAAGUGGACUGAAUCCGGCUUGGCAAUGAAAACGACAAAAUGGGCGAGGACAGGUAAUAAGAGCGAGAUUCCCGGCGUGUGCAUGCGUUUUCACUGCAAAGCCGAGCUCAACCCUCUUCUGUUGUCCGCGAAUGGUUUUGGCGAUGGAUGAGAAUCUCGGAAAACUGCAGACCAUGUCUGAUUACUCUCGUAAAGUGUAUCAAAAUCUAAAAUCGCCGAGUGUGGUAGAUGCAUUUUAGUGGUCUUUAACUAGUAAAUAAACCAACAACUGUUGUGCAAUCAGCGAGAUGAUUGCGAGAUCUGCAUUCAUUUAGCACAGAAAUAUUCAUCUCAAUGAAACAUGUAUGAAGCAUAUCACAAUCAAAACUGUCAUAGAAGUUCCAAGAAAUGCUUUAAAAAAACAACUGAUAAAGUCUCAGGUUCGAUCGUAUAUUCGUCAAAGGAAUAUUGGUCGCCUGCGUAAAACCCCUUUAAGUUCUUUUCAAUUUCAGAGCAACGGCAUAGAAUCCGUGGCAUGCACGGAGAUCUAACUUUCAGUGGAUCUUCUCAGACUAUUCCUCGGAAUAUCAAUAACGGACCGUGCUCUGACAUACUUACAAACAUAUUUGUUAUCAUAAAAUUGUCAUAAAACAAAUUUUCACUAGGAGCUUACUUGCUAAUAUAAUGUUAUAUCAUUAUAUGUAUAUAUAUAUAUAUCUUAUAUAUAUUGUCUUACAUUAUGACAUAUUUCAAUAUGCUGUCUACGUUUACCUGAUACUUUAGAUAUUAUCUUACAUUUUAACAAAAAUAAUAUAUUUCAAUAUGCUCU